AUGGCGCUGCCAUACUCGCCUAGACGGAGGAAACAGGCUAUUGCUUCGGCCGUUCUGAUCUUAGGCUUAUUUUGUUUGCUGGGUCACUAUUUAUUAGUACAACAGACACCAUUGAUUAGUGCACAUGGCAGUCUUUGCGUGGAGACUCUGGCCAACUUAGAACAACAAGCGGUGUCAUGGCCAGGAAUAGCCACCCAUGCGGGUCCAAUUGGUUCGGAUGUCAUUGACAGUGUGAAAUUAUUGGACGAUUUCGAGCGAUGUGUGCUAAGAAAUGGAAAUCUGAAAGGGCAACAAAUCAAUGCAAUUGAGGCAAAGUUGUUCCCUUAUUUGAAUUUGGAAACUUUGGAAACUAAUGAGAAGAAUUUUUGGCCUCCACGUAUAAGAUGGAAUGGUGACUUGCUGAGAGGUUCUGUUCCCAGAUUUGCUUCAACUGGAGACUACAAAUAUUUGGGCGCUGCCAAAAGUAAGUAUAACAAAAACUUAUCAUUCUGGGGAAAUUGGCUCGACCUUCUGUCAAAAUCGUCCUCAAAAGGUAUAGUGAUUAGUGUUGGGGCUGGACAAAUUUCCGAUGCUACAAAGCUGAUUAAAGUUUUGAGAUACCAGAUGAAUGCAUUACCCAUAGAGAUUAUCCAUAGGGGAGAUCUAUCAGAGGACCAGCAACAGCUAUUGAUUCAAGCAGCUAGGAGUGCACACUCAGCCAGUUAUCCGGCCCAGGAAUUGUGGUUUGUCAAUGUAUCAAAUGUAUUGAACCCAAGGCAUGCCGAGCAGUUCGCAACUUAUAGUAACAAAUGGCUUGCGAUCAUAUUUUCUUCUUUUGAAAGUCCCAUCUUGGUGGAUGCAGAUACAAUACCAUUCAUAUCUCUGGAAAAGUACUAUGACUUCCAACAGUACAAGGAGAUGGGCUUAUUAUUUUUCAAGGACAGGGCAAUCACUUCUGAUUUACUUAAUAAAGAGCAGCUCAACACGCUCAAGCAGAUAGCACUGAGCACUAUAAAACUAGGAUCUGCGGCAGCAGACCUUAACAAUGCAAUAGAGCUCGGUAUUAAAGAUAAUAUCGCUGCAGAGACAGUGAUGAGCAUGCUCGUAGAAGGCCAAAAACAUCACAUGGAAAGUGGAUUGGUUCUCUUGGAUAAAAGCCUACACCUGGUAAAUCUUUUGACAUCCGUAUCCCUGCAAUUCUCGUCGAUCAGCAGCUAUUUCCAUGGCGACAAAGAAUGGUUCUGGAUUGCUUAUUUACUCAGGAAUCGCCCAUUUACAUUUCACCCAAAACAGGCGUCUAAUGUUGGUAAGCUUGGUAGAGUCCAAUCAGAAGAUGGUAAAGAGUUCUACCAAAUUUGUUCCGUACAAGUAUCCCAUACGGAAUUGGAUGGGUCUCUUCUUUGGAUUAACGGUGGAUUAAAGACCUGUAAAAAGAAUUCUUGGACCUCCGAUUAUGCAAGCAACAAAAGAAUCUCGUCUAUGUUCAACAAUGAAGAAGAAGUCCGAAACUAUUAUCAGUCACCUGUGUCUCUAGAGGGUGCCAUCAUUCCAAGCGUUGACAAAGCACCUUGGAUCUACACUGGAGAGUGCGCGAUGUUCAGUUAUUGCACAUUGUACAAGGAGGGCGAAUACGGAGAGCUCUCAAAGUUCAGUGAACCUCAGAGAGAAGCAUAUGAGGAAGUAGUCAAAAUUUGGAACUCAGACUCUUAG